GCGGUCAUGGUGUCCUGUGCUCUUUUCAUCCUCGGCCCUCUGUGGAUCCACAUUCUGGGACAAGCAUGCAGCGGAGAGGAGGUGUCCCGGGAAGCGGUGUUGUCCUGGUUCAGAGAGCGGGUCCUGGAGGGCCUCAGGCUGGAGGAGCCUCCUUUAACCCCAGUGCAGGCUCCAGUUAGGGAUGCGACACAGCCAGAAGCAAGCCCCGCACCAAAAAGGGCCCCAAGGACGAGCAGGAGAACGUGGGUCAAGCCACAAAGCAGUCCGAUGCAGGAAACAUCCCAAAUUAUUCUCUUCCCAAGUUCUGACUCAUCCUGUGCCAGAUCUGACUCUGCAGAAACCAACAGGAGCCACUUCACAUAUUACUUCCAGCCCUCCAUCAACAGCCAGGAAACUUUAGUCACAUCUGCCCACUUCUGGUUCUACGGCAGGCGAGGAGCAGCCAACUCCUCCGCCCAGCUGUUCAUGGUGACCUCAGCUCAGCAGCUCAAUCAGGCGGCGGAGGCUCCUUCAAAGACAAGCUCAGACGGAUGGAUGACCUUUGACCUGGAGCAAGACCCUCUGGCCACUGUGUCUGAGGGCCCCUUCCUGCUGCAGGUCCGCUGUCCAGACUGUCAGUGCAGCAGCAAUGAACCAGACAAGACGCCCUUCCUUCACCUCCACGCUCAGCCGCGAGGUCCUGUCCGCUCAUCCCGUAGUGCAGCAGUCACAAUCCCCUGGUCUCCUGCUGCUGUGGAGCUUCUCAAGAGACCCUCUCAGGAGCAAUACAGUGACUGUAGCAGAGCAGAGGUCCAGAUCAGCUUCGAGGAGCUGGGCUGGGACAGCUGGAUCGUGCACCCGAAGAUGCUCACUUUCUACUACUGCCAAGGGAACUGCUCAGCCGAGGGUCGAACCGCCACCAUGCUGGGGAUCAAACAGUGCUGCGCUCCGGUGCCAGGGACCAUGAAGUCCCUGAGGAUCACCACAACAUCUGACGGAGGGUACACGUUCAAUUACGAGACCCUGCCCAACAUUAUGCCUGAAGAGUGUACUUGUCUCUGAGGAUUACAUCUUAAAAAGGGACAGUUUACACAAUAUGUAGCCACAAUCUGUGAAAUACCAAAGUUAUAUCGCUUUUUGCUGUGUUCUGAUGCAACCUUUAGAGGGCAGUA